AUGGAGGAGUAUUGUGGUGAGAUGGAGGAGUAUUGUGGUGAGAUGGAGGAGUAUUGUGGUGAGAUGGAGGAGUAUUGUGGUGAGAUGGAGGAGUAUUGUGGUGAGAUGGAGGAGUAUUGUGGUGAGAUGGAGGAGUAUUGUGGUGAGAUGGAGGAGUAUUGUGGUGAGAUGGAGGAGUAUUGUGGUGAGAUGGAGGAGUAUUGUGGUGAGAUGGAGGAGUAUUGUGGUGUUUCGAGGAGACCUCCCUCUGCCUGA